AUGUCAUACAUUACGACGAGUAGUCGGUCGAAGCCAUAUUCACAAGACAGUCGGGAUUAUUAUUCUGCCAAUCGGGCGUAAGUGACUGAUCCGAAUCAAGCCUCGUGUCCGGAUCCGCCUCAUGGGCAUGUAGGUCGGUUUCGCAUCUUUCUGGUGGGCCGAUUUCACUCGGCUCCAGACUCAGUUUCUCGCGCCUUCAGCAGCCUCAUCUGCUUGCUCAAACCAGUCUACUUUGAGCCAACUGUCGACAUCCAUCUCCGGUCCACGGCUGCAUCUCGAGUGUAUUAUUGGUCCAUUUGUUCUUAA